UUCCGCUCCUCGAGCAGGGUAAGACAUAAAACCUGCCAUGAUCCGAUUAUUCACCCUUUCGUGCAAUUCUUUGGUCUCAACAGAAAAAGUGUCACCCCAUUCGAGUAAUCCAGCGGAAACAUGUGCGCGCCUUGAUUUGCUUGGCUACGGGCCAAGGAAAGCCGCCCGUCCGCCCACAGCCUUGUUUAGACGGGCGCCUCUAAACGCGGGGUUACACUAACCCGUUCCAAAAGCCGGCACCUCCCAACAGACAUCUACUGUAAAUAUACUCAACAAAUCGUAUGAUGAAUUGCUGUCCGUAUGCUGUGUGCCGCGUGGCUGUUGAGUCAAGCUGGAAUAUAAGAAUGCUCUUACUGCGGUGUAUUUCUGUAAUGGCCAACACAAACUCUCUCGGAGUACUCCAAACCUCAUGAACACGUGCCACAAACGAGAGCCUGAUAGUCAUGUCCGUUGAAAAGUCUAAUACCAGCCAUGAGCAACGAUCCAAGCCUGACCGUCGAGAGAGACGGCCUCAUAUUUCGGAAAUGCCCAUCACGCUGAGCAAUUGGCAUCAACACGUCAACUGGCUUAGCGCAUUCUUCAUCAUCAUCGUGCCUCUGACGGGCUUUGUCGCUGCAUACUUCUACCGGCCUUACACGUAUACAGCCAUCUUCUCUGUUGUAUACUAUUUCAACACUGGGCUGGGCAUUACAGCAGGAUACCACCGUCUCUGGGCACAUUCGUCAUAUAAGGCUUCCACCCCUCUUAAGAUAUACCUUGCCGCCGUAGGAGUCGGGGCGGUGCAAGGCUCGAUUAGAUGGUGGGCAAGAGACCACCGCGCCCAUCACCGCUACACCGACACGGAAAAGGAUCCUUACUCCGUUCGAAAGGGCCUGCUGUAUUCCCACAUUGGCUGGAUGGUGAUGAAGCAAAACCCCAAGCACUACGGGAGAGCGGACAUCACCGACCUCAACGAAGAUCCCAUCGUGGUCUGGCAGCACCGACACUACAUCAAGGCGGUUCUCUUCAUGGGCCUCGUGUUUCCUACGCUGGUAUGCGGCUUGGGCUGGGGAGACUGGGUCGGCGGCUUCAUUUAUGCAGGCAUCUUGCGUUCAACCUUUGUGCAGCAGGCCACGUUCUGCGUCAACUCUUUGGCACAUUGGCUAGGAGAUCAGCCAUUUGACGACAGGCACUCGCCGCGUGAUCACGUCAUUACCGCGCUGAUGACCCUGGGCGAGGGCUACCACAACUUCCAUCACGAGUUUCCUUCGGACUAUCGCAACGCCAUUGAAUGGUGGCAGUAUGACCCUACAAAAUGGGCCAUCUGGACGUGGAAGAAAAUCGGUCUGGCAUCUGAUCUCAAGGAGUUUAAGCAGAAUGAGAUUGAAAAGGGCCGCGUGCAGCAGCUUCAGAAGAAACUGGACGUCAAGCGAGCGCAGCUGGAUUGGGGCACGCCAAUCGCGCAGUUGCCUGUUAUAACCUGGGACAACUUUAAACGGGAGUCAUCCAAAAGCGACGGACGAGCGCUGACGGUCAUUGCAGGUGUUGUUCAUGACGUAGCAGGCUUUAUUCAGGAACAUCCUGGCGGCAAAGCUCUUAUCUCUUCCGCGAUUGGUAAGGAUGUCACGUCCUGGUUCAACGGCGGUGUCUACGAGCACAGCAAUGCCGCUCAUAACCUGCUCUCCACCAUGCGUGUCGGAGUUAUAUACGGAGGCUGUGAGGUAGAGAUUUGGAAGCGAGAGUUUAUCGGAAAGCCUGAUGCUAUGAAGCAAGGCAUUGCCUCUCAGGAGAUUGUGAGAGCAGGGGAGCAGAUAACGAAGAAGACUCUGUAGUAACCAGAAAAAAAUGGUGCUGUUAAUCUAAGAGUGGGCAGUAAUCAGAUUGUUCCAUUACCGUUGCAACAACGCGUCAAACUUUAACUGUAAUAGCAAUUGAGUUUAUCGGGAUUGCAUAUGCAGUUUCUAAGCUUAACUUAAUUCUUCCGAAAAUUCCACUCUGGAAAUUAUCCUGUGCUUGCCAGCUGGCUGCCACUUCUGCCAGCUGCGAGGGUUCUUUUGUAAUAGCAAAGUACCCCCCACGUGCUCGUCGCCACCACUUAGCAUCAUCACCAACAUUCAACGCAGCGCAAGUAAACCCGUUGUAAUAACAAUGCUUACAUCAACUACUAAAGCAGCAGCAGCGGACUCAUCUUCCUCAUUUGUUCACCGGACCGCUAGUGGAUUCAGCCUUCGACCGACAAAAAACGUGGUGCCGCUGUCAACUUAGUGACAAUGGCAGGCUGCUGAAAAAACGCACCAACUUAGC